AUAUGUGUAAUAUCUUAUAUAUUAACAUAAUAUAUUUAAUAACUUAUGUGAUGUCUCGUGCUUAUCACAAUCUUAUGAUCAUCUUAUCAUAAUCUUAUCAUUACAUCUUCUUCUUUAGGAAUACAAUAUAUAGAAACUUAAUAAAUAUAGGUACACAAUAUGUUAUUUGCUUACAAAUUACAAUACUUAAAUAUGAUGCUUAUUAACUAAACAAUACAAAUACUAAUUACUAGUUCUUAAAAAUGUUUGGAUUUAAAAAAUUGGUAAGUGUUCUUAGUUCCCUUGCCAUUAACAAUUGUGCAGGCGAGUAUUCCAAACCUGCCACCGGACUAUUUCUAUAUUCUUUACUUCUAAUUGAGUAAAAAUAAAUUGAGAUCUUUUUUCUCAUAUCUAGUUUUGUUAAUCAUCCCUUUCGUUAUCCCUACUGCUUUCUCUGCCAAGCCAUUACUUUUUGCAUAGUAUGGGCUAGACAAUAUUACCUCAAAUUGCCACUGUGUGGCAAAUGUUAUAAACUCUUGUGAGCCACAAGGAUUAUUAUCAGCAACUACUUGUUUGGGAAUUCCAAACCUACUAAAUACAACUUUUAAUAACUCAAUAACUGACUGGCUUGAUUUGAAAUUAUGAAGAAAGUAGUACUGAUGGGCUUCUUCCAGAAACACCUGCGUCUGUUUCAUCAAAUGAAUUUCCAACACCCACUCAGAAAAAAAAGUGUAAGAAACGGCGUGUUGAAGAUAUAGACUAUGAUCCUUUUUUGCAAAUCGAGCAACAAAAAUUAGAUUUUAUUAGGGAAGAGCAAAAAAGGGACUCAACUAUGACGAAUAAUCCUGAUUACCACUAUUUAAUGAGUCUAUUGCCUUAUUUUGAGAAAUUUGAUGCUUUAGAAAAAUUACAACUACGAACAAAUAUGCAAAAUGUCAUUUUUCAAACAUUAAAACAAAAAGAAAUCGAAAAAGAAAGGGCAAUGAUGUACAUUCCACCACAAACGACUUCGUCUCAGAAAGAAACUUAUCACCAAUUUCCACAAAACACGAGGCAGGAUUUAACUACUCCAAAUAUUUAUACUCAAAAUAUUUACAAUUAAUUUAAUAAAGCUAAAAUAAUCAAUUGUAUUAUUUAUUUUUAAGGCGUAUGCUUAAGUUAUAAUAGGACAUUUUUUUUCACUAGGUAGAUACCGAAGAAAUUGUGAAAUUUUUUUUUUAUUUAAUUUUUAU